AUGGAAAAAGCUGAAAAACUCAAAAGCCAAAAGGAAGCUAUUCUUCCCAUUAGCUCUGACGAUAUUGUUAACCAGCAGGCCAUUGAACGCGUGAAAUCCUCCGCUAGUCACACUCAUCAUUACAAGAACAAUGAUAUGCAUGAACAGCAAUACCAGGGUAUAGAAAAUGGCUACUUAAUGCCCAAUAGUUUAGGAGGCAUGCAGGCAAUAGACUUAUCAGGAACAAUGGUGAGUAAUAAGCAUCAAGGAACCGGUUUAUAAUCCAGGUGAAUGAUAACCAUGAAUAACGAUUUAGUUACAGCUGUGUGACAUUUUUUGGAAGCAAAAACCACUAGAAGAGAAGAAAAAUCAGGCUGAAUGAAAAAAUUUCAGAUAUUUUGAUGCCAUAAGAAACCAAAGAUUAUUGCCUUUUCCUUGCCUUGCAGUUCGCUUUUUGGGUAGCAAUAAACAAGACGUUUGGCACCGAGUGCGACGAAACGUCCAAUUUCUUUGAAAGUCUCAUGGUGUUAGUUAUUCUUCCGCUGCUAUCUUGGCAUUGCAACUACCGUGUAAACAUUAUUGGAUUUGAUCAACAGCUUGCAUACAUUAAAACGCCAUGAAAUAAUGGUGAAUCAGUUUGUUUCGAGCAUACGCGUAUAGCGGCCGCAUUUCUGCUUUGGAAUGCUUUUUGUUUUUAAGCUAAAAACAAGAAAAAAUUCCAUCGGACACUAGAGCGUGACGGCUAUAUUCGUAUGUUGGAAAUACAUAUACCCUAAAGAUUUUUUGUUUGCAUUACCAGAUGGACGCACCUCUUCGAAAGCCUAAGCCUCCAUAUUAUGCAGGCAAGCAAGUGACAGUUACUUUUAAUGAGAAGCCGAAGACUGAGGAAACCUUUAAGCAGUCUCCACCACCAAACAAUUUCCAUGCGAAAGAAAAUGAAGAGGACAUUGACAAGUCAGAAGAAGAAAAGAUCAGAAUGGCUACGCAAUCGAUUAAAAAUGUAUUGAAACUUUUUGGUAAUGAUUACCGAGACCACCACGAGAAACUUAAGCUUGUAACGCAGUCGGCCAAAGACCUUCCUGCCCAUUCUAAAUCACUGGAAAUCCACCGUGAACUGGCGGGAAUACAGAGAGAAAUCGACACCCAAACGCAAAGCCAGGACCGCUCUGCUGAAAACGCUCAGGCUAUUUCACGACAAAUUGGACAGGAGUUGACCACCAAUGAAAGCGGAAACAGAAUGACAAAUGUUCCAAACUAUGCCGUAAUCAGCACGAAAGGGUCAAAAGACUGGAAAAACCUGGCUCACGUGCUUGCAAUUCAACUAAAGGGAGUUUUGAAUCAUAUGGAAAACAGGGAAAAGGAGAAUCAGUAUGAAAAAGACAGGAUGGAGGAGGAGAUGAUGAUGAUGGCACAGCAACAAGACGAAGACGAUGAUCCAGAUUAUGAUGGUGAUUAUUACGACGACGAUGAUAUGAAUGAACGACGUCAUUCUGUUCUGUGGCCUCUUGCCACUAACAGCUCUAAAAAAGCCUUUAAGAAGUUUAUCCUAGAAAACAAACGGCCUCACAGAUUAAAAUAUGAAAGCAGUGUAGAUGAAAAGCGGUUACUUCACCAAGAUGUUAAAACGUUAUCCAAAUUAGAGAUGCUUUACAAAUCUCAGGAGCGAAAUUCUUCAAACCACGAAUAAAGCUGUUUUAAAUUGAGGCUUCGUCCACACGGCACUGACCAGUCGAAACUUCGUGCGAAAUUUUUAACGCUAAAAUCGAGGUCAAAUCUUUAGCCGAUAGGGUCGAACAUUUUCACUGGCUUAAGGUAAACAUCAUGACCGUCUAAAUUUCGUUACGGCAAAUCUGACCAGGGGGAAGUGGACACCAAAACUGUCUAAAUUUUUGUACGGUAAAGAUGUGGUUCCAUGGAUACGACGUAUCCAUGGAACCGCAUCUUUACGCAAAUGGCGUCUUCAGCUGAGUUACCACGUAACGUGGUAACUCAGCUGAAGACGCCAUUUGCCAUUUUGGAUUUGCUAAAGUAGCGUAAAGGCAGAUGGUAAAACCUCUGACUAAAGUUGAAAUUCAACCGGUUCGUCAGUUCCGCGUGAACGAAGUGUCCCGUCAAAUUUUUCAGCCGAUCGAAAAUACGACUGGUACCUCUUUUGAGUGUCUUAAAACGAAAUCCAUUGCCUGUUCACUUAAGAGUGACUCCGCGUUAUCAAUUGAAGCAAAUACGACUAGCAUAAUCAUGAGGGGUGAAAACUCUUGCGACCAACAAACGUACAAGUUGGUCUCCUACCUCGUUCUUAGGGUCUUUCGUCUCUCCACCCUAGGAGCGAGAGACCCUAAGACUGUUGUGGUUUUCAGUUGGGUCCCUGAAUUUCAUUGAAGGAAGGAAGAAAAACCUCCGGGACCAGGGUAAUCUCGUACCCAGACCUCACUUUUCAGCGUAAGACAGAGAGAUCUGGGUACGAGAUUAGGACCAGGGUAGGGGAUUUAAAGUACAUUUGUUUGCCCACUCAAUAAUAGAAAUACAAAAAAUAUAAGAAAGUAGAAAACAAAAGUGGCGAGGAGACCUGACAGAAACUAUAGGAAGCUUAUGAUAGGUUAGGCCUCCUCGAACUACGGGCUAGAGCUGUUUUAACAUCAAGUGAAGCAAAAAUUUAUCUGGUUAUACAGUAAACUUUCGCCUUGACGGACACUCCGCUACAACGGACACCCCUAUAAUACGAAGAGCACCCAAAUCCCAGGAACAAAUGAACUACAGAAGUUUGAUCAAAAUAAAAUCGCGUUAUUACGGACUCUCGCUAAUAUGAGGACACUAACUCAAAGUCCCUAGAGUGUCUGCUCCCCGGGUCUGCUCUAAAGGGAGUUGACUGUGUCACGCGAAAACUUUCACAAAUGAAAUUUUCAAGUGUAUCUCUGAUUUACAGUAGAGCUUCAAAAAUUACACUUGUUGGAAGUUGUAUUAAAAUGACUACCGAUUUUAAUUCGGAUUGUUUGCAAAAUUGUGCAAGCAAGCAUAGAUGAAAUAAGUUUCCAUUCAGUGACGUAUUAAAGUUCUCUCAAACCUACCAGGUAAACAGCUGUAAAAUUGGUUUAAUUCAGAACAUUGGCGCAGUCAGUAUCGAUGAUACAGAUUUUAUCUCUUUUCUACUUUAUUUUCUGGGCCAUGGUCCAACGCCACUAGACUAUUAUAGAACCCCAACGACUUAAAAUAACUUAUUUAUAAAGGGAUAUGGAAAAUUUUCUUAUACUUCCCAUUAUUAACCCAUCCUGUCAGCUGUCCUGUGAGUUUUCUCGAGUAAGGCCAUUGCAGGCCUAUAUAAGCCAGUACAGGUUGUAAGAUUUUUGUUGUAUCCAACGACAGCACAAAGAAGGGGACCAGGGAAUAAAGUGUACAUAUAAGCCUUAAGAGUCAUAUGUAGUGUGAGAUUGCACUAUUAAAGGGAAGUAGAUACAUGUGUGAUGUGCGAGAGUACACACUGCGUAUGGGAGCAGUACAGGCAUCUUCGGACUAAAGGGACAGCGGCGUUCUUGCUCGCAAAGAAUUGACCACUCCAGAAAAUACCAUAACAUACCAUAAUGCUCUUUGUUUGUCACCCCAAAAUUUUGCAUAAGCAUUGUCUUCAGUUUCUCUUGGGAGUUAAAAUGGCCCCAAGAGAAACUGAAAAUAAUGCUUAUGCAAAAUUUUGGGGUGACAAACAAAGAGCAUUAUGGUAUGUUAUGGUAUUUUCUGGAGUGGCCAAUUCUAAUUCUCGCUGAGUUGCAUAGAUCGCAAUAAUCACAUAGACCUUGCUACUUUUUUAAUAAAGGAAAAGAUUCAAGACCAAAAAUGUUUGUUAAGUUAAGCCGGAACUCUGGGGGUCAUUUACCCACAACUUCGCUCACCUCUGUGCGCUUAUGUAGCACAAACGGGGAAAACGCCCAAUUCCUCCAAUUCCGCAGUUAGUCUCAAUUCCUCUGGGUCGGUUAUGUGCGAGAAACAGCGAAAAACGCUGCCUAAGAGAAGCUGGAGCGCUUUCAAUGAGUAUGAAAACACAGCAAAAAGUCUGCUUAACUAUGGCAACGCACUAUUUUUCGUGAGAACAUGGAUACCACGAACAACUUAGCACAAAGAGGCUGCCAUCAGUUUUUUUAACGUAGCCAGUGAAACUGUGUAUCAUGAUCCUUUUCUGUUUAUCCGGCAAAAACGAGAAAAGAACGUCCCUCCUAGUGCCGGCAAGCUGCUUUUUGUCUUUCUCUUUAUUGGAAAUUUCCAGUUGAAAGGACCAUGUUUGAAUUUUUUACUGAAACGACCAGUUUUAUGAAACAAAGCGCUUUUCAGUAUAAAAUAAAACGUGCGCUUUUUUGGCAAAAAAAAAAAAGGAAAGAGGGAAACAUUGCUGUAUAGAGUAAUAAGACAAGAGAAAAGGAAUGAAGCGGACCUAAAAGCUCAGGUUUCCUAAGAAAGAAAGAUAAAAGGCCGAACUGUUUUGCUCAUUCACUAUUCGUGAUGUUUCUUUCUUGGACCGGAUGAGACAGAAAGUUUCCAGCUUCCGGUUGAAGCCUCCUAUCCACACCCGACUGCCAAGUCUUUUCAACUUCUUUAUUAGUGCAGACUUCAAUCAUUGUCUCAUAUUUGGCUUAUUCUAACCCCAUGGCUUCAUUCAGCCGUGCAUAGGAUCAUACUUUCAACCUUGUUGAUACCUGGACAUAGAAUACUGCUCGCGAAGAAGUAAGUGAAAGUUGUUGUGUGACACUUAACGCAGUUCCAUUUCCGGACAACAAUUUUUGCAAAGCACGAUGGUCUGUUACACUCGACAAAUCGAUCAGUCAUGGCUAUAUGGCGCUAUUUAUUCCUGUAUAUUCUCUUCUUUACGAAUUUUCAAACGUCCUCAGCGGACUCUAAGGUCUCUGAUGUAGUGUAUAAUCUUUCAAAAGAAUCAGAAGUCAGGGAGCCAAGCGUGUUUCUUGCGAUUAUUGCUCGUAAUGCAGCUCAUCUCCUUCCGAACUGGCUGGGAUAUAUCGAUAAUUUAGACUACCCUAAAAGUAGAAUUUCUGUUUGGUAAGUGUGUCCUCUGGUAUUGUUAUUAUUAGUGGUUGUGUACAUUUCUUAGUUUUGAUUGUUUUAAGUUGUUAUAGAAGCCACAGUUAUUAAGCGACCAAGAAUUUUCGACAAACGGUCCAACCGUCGGAUCACAACAAAUUAAUAAAUGAGAGCAUUGCAUGCUAAAAACUCCUGCAUCUAUGAUUUGUUUACCGUUAGCUGUUGCACUGUUGAUUUCCAAAAAAGGAAUCUUCUUUUAAUAUAUACUUAGUUACUUGCCAAUGCAAAAAGCGCAUAAAUGACAGCUACCUCAUAAACAUGUAGUCAGUUAUCGUCAACGUGUCAGUGCAUUCCUUAAAUUCUUCCACGAUCCGAUACUUGCAAAGUGUGUAGUGGAGUAAGCGUAGCUUUUGGAGCACUGUCUUAUACCAUGUAGAUUGUUGUUUUAGUCCAGAGUUUUAAUUAAGAGACGUAAAAAGGAAUCAAUAAUAUUGCAAAUAAUUUAUAAGGUCAUUCUAUUACUUUCAUUACUUUCAUGACUUUCACAAAUAUAAUUAUGAAAGUCAUGAAAGUCAUGAAAGUAAUAGAAUGACCUUAUAUACAUUAAUUAUUAAUGUAUACAUGUGGAAAGGGUAGGGAUUUCAGAAGCUGAAGUAUAAGAAGGGUAGGGAGAUUGGGUAGUUAGGUGUUUACACUGUAUGCCCGUAUCCCUUUACUAUAAUUUGUCCUCGAGCAAUGUCGUUUAUUAAUUUACUUCAUUCCAAGGGUUUAGUUGCGCUGGGGAGACAGUGUUAUUAGGAAGAUAGGUUAAAAGGGGGUAUCAUUAUUCAAUGGUAAGAAAGUGUAAUUUUUCUCUCAAAAAUGGUAUACACACAAGAGUAAGAGAGUGGACCUUAGGUCAGAGUCCUCCUGUAUUAACAUUUUGUAAGUUUUUCCCCAGGCUACACCCAGACUUUCGACAGAUUCCCUCCCCACUCUCCUCAGGGUUUUAUUAUUACCUUAAGCCAGAAAAAGGUACCUGGUUCAGGCAGAGCCUCCCCUUUAGGCCAUAACAAGGACUACCCCCCACUGGGUGUAGGAUCAACCCUGACCUUGAUAAGAACAAGAAAAAAACAAAAAUGCAAAUAUCUACUCUUUAUGGGACAUCAAAUUCUAACUCUGUUAUGAGGACAAUUGGAUAACAUACUUUGCUGUUUCUCGAUGUGAACACCCUGUUCAGGACAAGCUUACGUAAAAUUGAAUGGCCUGUUUAGGAAAGAGAGCCAAUAAACCAUUCCUUGUCCUGUAGGACAUUAAGGAAAUACAUGUGUGGAAUAGAAAAUUAGCUAGCAUGAAAGGUGACUUGUAUUUUUUAAAUCUUUUGAUAAUUAAUUUGUCUUUGUAUCUAUUGAAACAAUUAAAUGAAUUUUUCUCUGACCCAAUGGGAUGGCUUUGCUAAACCAAACACUGCCAAAACCACAAAGUGGCUCCAAAUGAAAAACCUACUGACUCUCUGCAAAUCUUCCUUCAAAGUUCAAUUUAACUUUCAUAGUUUCGAAGACAAGGGCAAUUUUGCUAAUUACGAUAAAGAUUGUCAAAAUUUUUUAACUCCACACAGGCAUGAGCUCUACUGAAUCUGGCUAAAUUUGCUCAUGAUUAUGCAAAGGUUUGGAAAAACAAGGUUCCAAUCAAAAUCACUACCCGGUUUUCGGGUAGUGACGUCAGGACGGCAUUAAUGGCUGGUCGAUUCAGAUGUUACUGAGGGAGUAAAUGACUCAAACUAAUGUCUGAAAUUUAGGCUAGUGAUCUAUAUGUGUGAAACCAAUAAACUUUCACCCACUCCCCCCUUUUUUUACUGGGCCCGUCUUCUUCAUGAGGCACUCCUGAGCUUGGAGUAUGCCCUUUCCUUUUUUUUAAAUUUGAUUACUGGCAUUCUUUUUGUUACAGAUUAUUAUAUUGUGAAAGGUAAGUCAUUAUAAUCAUUUCAUAUAAAGAUGGUAUUGACCUAAGCAUUCAUACAAUCCCCCAAAUCAAAUUCGAAUUCUCGAAGUUUUUCAGUUAUAAAUAACAUGACUUUUUUUAUUAUUAUUAUGUGAUUAUUUCUAGGAUCAGAUCUGACCAUAAUGAAGACAACACAUCAAAAGUCCUUCAAGAAUGGGCUCAGAAUGUGAAGCAGUUGUAUCACAGAGUAUUGAUCAAUGUUUCUGACACACCCAGUGAUUACGAGAACAGUGCUGGUCCAGCUGAGUGGUUAGAGAGCAGAUACAAACAGAUGAUGUACCUGCGGCAAAAGGCCCUGGAUAGUGCCAGAAAGCAGUGGGCAGAUUAUUUAUUUGUAUGUUUUCUUUGCCUUCAGUUAUCAACUAUGGUCAAACCCUGUUAAUACAGACACUGAGGGGGCCAUAGAAAGUGUCCUUUUUGACACGGUGUUGGGAUUAACCAGGUUGAAUUAAGAGAAAAUGUAAGGGCUUUCUGUCCCCAGGGAAAAAGCAAACUGUCCGUAAUAAUGAGUUGUCCAUAUUAAGCAGGUGUCUGUAAAGCGGGGUUUAACUGUACCUGGGGGAAGGGAAGGGAUGAAUGAAAAAUUUGUGGUGGGAGAGUAUCUGUGCUCCAGGGUCUGUGAAACUGUUGUCCAACAUAAGGCCUUGGUCAACUACAUUUUGCAACCCUAUUCAAAACUACAGACACCAAAAUCCCUUCCCUUUCACAGACUCCCCAUUGCCCAGGCCUUGAGUUGUUCAAAAGUUGGUGAGUGCUCUCUACUGGAUAAGAGUUACUGAAAACAGUUGCAUUAUCCACUGGAUAAUGAUUUAUGCAGCAUAUAUCACCAUUUAACUUUUGAAGAACUACAGAGAUCAGAAACUCUUACAAUAACCACUUCCCACAAUCUGUUAUAGGCUGAAACCCCCUGAUUGAUGUUUCCAUACAGUAUCCCAGGCUAAAGUGCUAGAAAAAUAACUAUCAUUGAUUGUAGCUCAUUCAUUUACUCAUUAAGUGUAUGCGUGACAAUGUAACUAACACCCCUAACAAGGAGACCAUUAACUGUACUAACACCCCCCACCCCUCAGGGAUAUCAACAGUGAGACCAUUAUGUUUAUACAUGACAACGUUACUAACAUCCCACACCCAGGGGCCGUUCUAGGGGGAGGGUGCAGGGGGUGCACACCCCCCCUGAGAUGACCUGCAGCUUUCUAAUACAACUGGUAUUCUGCAAAAAAAAAAAAAACUAUGAGGGUUAUUGGUGUUGAAGUAAGGCAAGACAGGAGUGCACCCCCGCCUAAAAAAAAUCCUGGAUCUGCCCCUGACACCCCUCUGCCAGGGAGUAACAACAGUGUGAACCAAACAUAGCAAAAAGUAUUGUUCUCUGAAAAAAAUUAACUAGUCAUAAGUGACAAAUUAGUUUUACUAAACAAAAUCUCAGCAAUGAUUGUAAUAUCAAAAUAUCUGCAUUAUUCUAUGCAAAUGUUGAAGAGGAGAGGGAGUGUAGUUAUCAGAAGCAAUGAAUUAUUGGCCGUAUUUCCCAUGCUUGGCAUGUUUUCUUUUAACUAAAAUUUGUAGAUAGUAUGGUAAUGACAGUAGACCUAACAUAUGGACUGUUUAAUUCGUGAAUGUUUAGGUGAAAUGCGUAAAGGACCAGAAUUAGACCAUGCAACUUUUAACUAAAAUUUGUAGAUAGUAUGGUAAUGACAGUAGACCUAACACAUGGACAGUUUAAUUCGGGGAUGUUUAGGUCCUUUAACUUGAACACAAGUUUGGUAUCAAGCUUAAAAGGAAUGUAAAGGACCUAAGGUUUACUUCUUAAGACUAACACCUUCUUGUGCCCACACUUGCAUCUGUAAAUUAGACCCAGUACCUUGCAUACUAAAGUAUUCUCUUCAAGUUCACUGAUAUCAGAUAAGGUGCUUUAAAAAUGACUUCAGUUCGUUGGUAUUUUUCAUUCUCUUUCCAUAUAGAAAUUAUCUUAAGGUGGAUUUAUUUUCAACCUACUUGUACAGCUGUUCCAUUGCCCGCUAAAAGUGUUUAUUGUUUUUGAGCUUGGAAACAAUUCAAACAUUCCAACCUUCAAAUGCAAUGGCUGUACACGUGUUACAAACCACCCUUAAUAUAUUAUGCUUCUUGUUUGCUUUAGUUUGUAGACUGUGACAACUUCCUUGUCAAUCCCAAAACACUACAGCUUUUGAUGGAUGAAAAAAAGUGAGUACCACAUUUACUUUCCACUACAUUACAUUUUGCAAUAACUACAAUGGUUUACAUAAUUGUACAGUCAAACCUCUUCUUGUAACCACUAUCGUAAACAACCAGCUCUAGUGACAACCACCUUUGUGAAAGCUCGUUUGAGCUGUGACCUAAAUUAACUUUGUGAUGUUAAGCCCUUGUUUCCUUGUAAACUUAUUAUGGUUCAAUGAUAAAGGUCUGUGCAGUGUGGUAUGUAGAAGUUCUUAGCCUGCAUGGCAACGACCACUCACAAUGUCUAUAUCAGAUAUAAAGACACUCACUAAACAUAAAUUUCUUUUGUUUUGUCUUUAUGAAUUAUUAAUAAGUUUCUAAAGCUCUUGUAAGCGACGACCCUCUAUUGUUUUAGCAUGCAGUUGCUUACAAGAGCUCAUUUUAGUAAGGGACAAGCUCUACUUAAAGCCACUUUUUCGAAUUUCAGUGGUGGUCGCUUACGAGAGCUUCAGCUGUAAUCUGUGUUUUGCAUGGAGACGUUAGAAAACUCACCUGGCCACAGUUUUUCAAAAGUGGGAUAACACUCUAUACUAGAUAAAUCUAUCCAGCAGAUAAGUAUCAGGGAAACCAAUUGCGUUAUGUACUGGAUAGAGAUUUAUCCAUUGGAUAGCAUUAGUCCACCACUAAGACCUGGGGGUUAAUAUUUAUAAUAAUUAUUUUAUUAUGUAUGAAAGAUUUUUGAAUAAACCAUUUUCUUCUCUUGUAAGAUGGUAGAAACACGUCCAUGUUAAUAUAAUUCUUUUUACUCAUAGAACUGUAAUAGCUCCUAUGAUUGAAGUGUUUGGAGGCAAGGCUGCAUAUUCUAAUUUUUGGGGUGGAAUGGAUGAAGAGGUAAGUGCUAGAUAAUUCAUGAUAGAUCUUUAAUAUACAAAUAAUUUUAAUUGUAGUGGAUUUUUGUGAUCUCUUUUAUAAAGAUCAUUCUUGAGUUUAAACUUUGUCGUCGUGCCAUCUCCUUAACACUCACUGGCUGAUUAUGGUGUUUUUAUGGCCUAUAUCACAUGUUUUUCUUCUCCCUUGGGGUAGUCAGUGUUUUUAUGAUGGCAUGUAAAUGCUCUUGGUGGCAGUAGAAUGAACUAGAAAUUUUUCAUUUGAAUCCGGUUGAUACCCUUGUAAAGCAUGGAAUUUUUUUCUUGGUGUGCGACACUCUAGGGAUACUAUGCAAGAUCUGAUGAUUACUUUCCCAUGCUUCAACGAGAGAAGAAAGGCUGUUUUGAGGUGCCAAUGAUCCAUUCCACUCUUCUUAUUGACCUGCGGAAGGCAGUAAGUGACCAGCUGAUAUAUAAUCCACCACUGGAAAGUUAUACAGGCGAAGAGGAUGAUAUUCUCGUAUUUGCACACUCAGCAAGGAUGGCUGGUAAAUACUGCAGUAGAUACCUUGUAUUCACCGUAUUCUCAUUAAUGAUGCGUAUAGCGAAAUUAAGACUCACCUGCCUCCUCCACAUGUACAGGCUAUUAGGGAGCUUAAGCAAAGGUGUUUUUGAGUGACACACGUCAACCGAUAGUGAGACGUUUUUCCUUUUCAAAUGUCUUGACGCUAACUAAUUUGAGCUACUAACGUCUUUAAAUAGCGACGAUUUGCCUGAAAAUUGGGGCAAAACCACUGUCCGAGAAUAUGAAAAACUCACUUCCGGUUGGCGCCGUCGCUCAAAAACGCCUUUGUUUAAGCUCCCUUUGGGGGAAAGUGGGGGAUGAUGGGAACGAGCGCAGAGCACGAGCAGGGUUUGAUGGGAAGGAAACCACCACACAGAAGUAUUUGGUAUAAAAAGGCUAAUAAUAUUCCCCGACGGGAAUCGUACUUGCCAAGUUCAAGGACGAAUAGUGUCCCUGACAAAAAACCGAGAAGGGAGCCAUUUGGCAGCUCCACAAAUCUCGAUUUUCGCCUGUCCAUGUAUAAGCCACAGUGGAAAGUUUGAAGCAAUAUGAACAGAUGUAAUCACCUGAUGUUUUUGUUUUUGUUUUUGAGGUAUAAAGCUGAAUCUCCUUAAUAAAGAAGUUUAUGGUUACAUGCUACAACCAUCAGGUGCCAGUAAAACUUUGAAAGAUAUGAGGAUUUCCUUUACACACGUAAAGCUUGAGUGGUUUGGUAAGUCUGGCCGGCUUUAAACAAUGCUUCUAUCUGUAAUAGGGAAGCUAAACAUAUUGCUCCUUUAUUUUAAUUCCCCUUUCAAAUUUAAAUGUUCAUCCGAUUUCCAUAUAUUUAUACUCAGUUGUAUAAAAAUCUGUAUUGUUCAGAAGAGCGUUUAAGAAUAUUACAUCAGAGAACGCUAACUGCACUACCAACGGCUCUUGGCGAAAGUUUAGCCCGCCGUUAUCUUUGCUUUUACCAUGCAUAGCUGAUAUAUUCAUGUGUCUCCACUCGUAACCUGCCCGCUCGGCAAGCGACGUAAGGUGUGGCCAAUGGAGGGGAAAAACUGGACUGGGUUUGCCAUGCACGCCAUGUUAGUUCCUCCAAGUUCCAAAUUUCUCCAAAACGUACAGUUGACUGAAGUUUUACAUUACUGCUAUAUCUGCGAUAUGUGCAGAAAUGGCCUUAAACUUUAAUUAUUGUUUUUUUCUCUCUGUGUUUAGUUGAUCAUCCAGAAGAAUUGAUGCCAGUUAGUUCACAUGUUUCUCUUAAAUAUAUCUCUCCUGAAAAGCUUGGUUUUGAUGAGGUACAAUUAACAAACAGGCCUUAGUUGUUCAGAAGGUGGAAAACGCUAUCUAGUGGAUAUCGCAAUUGGAUUCCCUGAUACGUAUUCGCUGGAUAGUGAUUUAUCCGCUGGAUAGCCGGUGCCAUCUAGCUUCUGAACAUCCGGGGCUUGUAGUUGAUCAUCGUCAAUAUAGCUGUCUCCCAUACAACCUACGAAUAAAGGAUAUUAGCAAAAUCCAACUAGUGGUCUAUUAUCAAUGCUGCGUUCUGAUUGGUUGAGCUACUACUAGGCUAUACGUUAUAACCCACUAGUGACGAAAAGCGCCGGCUUUGAAAACCAAACCAAUGGCGGCUGAAUCGCGUUUUGCUAACUAAAGUUGUUUUGUCUCGAUAUUUUUGACCAACUAGUUGGAUUUUACUAAAACAAUUAUUCCUCUCGCCCUCAUGGCCUCUUGAAUCAAUAGCCCAUGAGGCCUUCGGCAUCAUGGGCUAUUGACUCAGAGCCCAUUAAGGCUCAAAGAAUAAUUGUUAAAUGCUCACCUCCCAAAACAAGAUGUUAUCAACAGUGGUAAAACCAUCCUAACCUUGCAUCAAAUACCCGCGGGUAUUGAAACAAUGGCUUGUACGAAACUUUUCGAACAUAUCCUUUUCUUUAGCGCUGAAGGUGUUUUCUAUCUAGUUAAUUCUUCUAUAUCAUCCCAAUAAACCGGGCUUUUAUGAGGAGGUCCAUAGCUAGUAAGAUACAGUAAGCCCCGGCACCUCCAGUGGUUCACCUCUGUAUCCAUGGAAAACUAUUUUGUAUUUGGAUUCUGAUUGCCUUGAGCAAAUGAUCCUCUUUCAGCACGUGGAGUGUCUCCUUAUCUUAUAACAUAUCUAUCCCUUUUUUGAAGAUCUAUCUUAUCAACCUCAAAAGACGACCUUUGCGACGAAAACGAAUGCUUGCAUCUCUGAAAGAGCUUGGAAUAAGCGUCAAGUUAUUUGAUGCGAUAGAUGGGAAGUGAGUAUUAGUUAUAUUUGUUUGCGAGUUUAGAUAAGUUAACUUGUACUACGAGACUAAGUUUUUUCGCUCGUCUUUUAUCAAACCUUUCGGUUGCGAUUAUUUUCAUGAUAUCUUUACAAAAAUAAGUGGUUUCAUAUCAGGCACAGCUUUACUUCAGUUCGCCUUUCCUAUUUGAUAAAUUGUCAACCUGAAGCUGACGUUGGCCAUUUGCUGUAAACUUGAUUUUAAAUUUUUCUGUUGUCACAGAGUUUGAAUUACGAGUAGUCUCUUUCUUUUCCUAGUUUCCUUGAAGGGGAGUUAAAUCCGCUUGUAAUCCGAACUCGGCUUUUCUGUCAUUACCCACGGGCAACUGGCACACCCCACUGAUCGGUUACCCCACUAGACUACACGGUUGUCAAGCGGUUAUGGCUGCCCUUCAGCGGCUCCGUCAAUCUUUGCAGUUUUAGCUCUAGUUUUUUCGCUUUUUCCGCUGAUGUCGUGCCAGCCUAACCUAUAGUACAAAGACGUAAACUUUAUAGUUAUCUGGAACCGUUUUGUUUUGUUUUUUUUUAAUUCUCCUAAAUUUAAAUCAUUUUCCUUCUCCUACUUCAUUUUUUUUCUCUUCAUCUUUCGUGUUAUGCAAUUUGAUUACUGCAACUACUCAGCUCGUUUAGUUUUUUUAUAUUCUCGAGAGUGUUUUUCACCCGAUUUGCUCUUAUUUAUUCUGUUCUUGUAAAGUUUUUUAACUUGGCAAAGAAAAUGGUUGGUUGUUAAAGAGCGACCUUCCUAUUUAUUUAAUUAUUGAAUUGUUUAUUUAUUGUGUGUUUGCUUUUGUUCACUAUACUGAUGGUCGUUAUCUACAGAUCAUUAACAGAUGAGCAAGUGAAGGAUAUGAAAAUAAAAAUGUUACCAGGUUACAGUGAUCCUCAUGGAAAAAGGUACAAAAUAAUUUCCUGCCACAAGAGAAUGAAAAAAGAGGCAAUAACUGAGCAAAUUGAAACUUGUGCUUCUAUUUGAUUGCUAAUGUCACCUCCACCGAGCAACCCUUUUUUAGACUAGAAACUCAACGCACUGAGAAUUUCGUGUUUCCCGAGGCGAAGUCAUCGGAAACAUUGAGAAUCCAGCGAAAUCAAAAUAUUGUACAGAGUGACCACAGAAUGGGAAACAAACAGUCGACAAAUUUUAGUUAACACAUUGUUUGCCACCCGCGUGGGAUUCAUGUGAAUUUAGUUAAAGCGCGGUGUUACAAACCAGUCAAUUACAAUCGGAGAUUUUCUGUUAGUGAGAAGCUGAAGCUGUAUUCCAAAACUAUUUUUUUAUGUUUUUUAUAACUUAGGCCGCUGACCAUGGGAGAAAUUGGAUGUUUUCUGAGUCAUUACCUCAUCUGGGAGGAGGUAAGAUCACUGAUGGUAUACAGUUCACGUUUACAUAGUAGAGAUUUUUUUCCUCAUGUAUUGGUAUACAAGUCAGUUUGAAAAACAAUGUACAGUCUAUGAACAUUACUGCAAUCAUUUGACUUUCCGCUAUUAUUCUUAGAUGGUUAACAACGGCCUUAGUCAAGUUUUGGUUUUAGAGGAUGACGUGCGAUUUGAGCCUGAUUUUAGAAAUCAACUCCGACAAUUGCUGAGGGAAGCAACAGUCCUAAACAACAAAUAUCGUUGGGAGCUAAUGUGAGUUGACUUUUUGAUUUAAUUUCGUCUUUUUGUCCGUUGUCGGCGCACUGCUGCAACGGAAUUAAGCUUCAAUUGCAAAAAAUCGCAUGCUCAACAAUUUUUCGCUCAUGAAACGAUUUCCGUGGAUUUCUUUAGCUUGCGUUGUUUUUCAUAUUUGUCAGUUUAGGUUUGAGCGUUCAGUUAUGUAGCGGAAAAUUAUCACAAACGCUUGCUGCACUGAGAAUGUCAGUCAAUUACGGACUAGAAGUCUCUAAUCCGAUAAUAAAUGUUCAAAAUUUCAAACUGAGAACUAUACACAGCUUAUUGUCCAGUUAUACUGACUUAAACAAAAUGUUAGUAAGUUUUCGACUGGAGGCAAAGCUUUUGCAAAGAUAGAUGAACGUAAGGAGAAAAUUACUGUUUAAGGUUCGUAACAUGGUCAUUGAAGGAGGGGGAGGGUAGGGAGUUACAGCAGCCAUGGUGGUUACGGUAACAAGAAUCUCUACGAGUUGUCGUUCUCUGUCAGUAAGCUGCAUUUACACGAUCAGGUUGUCCUUGACGAGGAAUACUUGCUAGUGUGAAUAAGCGAAGAAGGAAGAAAAACUUGCUCAAGUUUUCCAAUUUAAAAGACUAAUUUUUCUUUGCUAUUCUAAACUGGGUUUACUCUUGUUUGUCAUUCUGAUGCUGUCGUUUGCCGCUCUCGUUGUUGUUGCAUAAAAGGGACCUUACCAUCUGACAAAUGAUGACGCCAAUGGAGACGUCGCUAAAAAUAGACUUUGCGUCCUUUCAAAAUGUUUCGCCCGAAUACCAAGCUACGCAAUUACCUAAGAGUAGGGAAAUUAGGUGAGAAUUGAAGGGAGAGGACCGCUUUAGAGUUCAGAUUUAUCGCCUUGCUGUUCCUGUUCUCAGCUCAAGUAAAAGCCUUUGGUCAUUUUACGUCGUUCUUGUACAGGGACGGCAAAGAAAGUUACAAAAAAGUGCAACUGGCCUACCUAUUACUCUGAGGUCCUACUUAUGCUGUAAUCAGGGCGCUGAUGACCAAUCAGAUUAGAGAAUUUUAUUGUAGUUGCAUUAAUCUGUUGUGCUUUUGUCUUAUAGUUACAUAGGACGCAAGCGAUUUCACAGUAAACCUGUGCAGAUGGUUCCGGGAGCAGAGCUGUUGGCCUGGGCUGAUUACACCUACUGGACGCUGGGAUACGCGAUUAGUUUAAGUGGUGCUCGCAAACUCCUGUCGGCAAAACCGCUUGAAAAAAUGGUAGCAGUGGACGAGUUUCUACCGAUCAUGUUCAACAAGCACACAAAGUAAGUCGAAUAAUGUCAGUACGUGGUGCUUUUUAAUAAUUGUUUUUUUUUUAAGAUUACUGGCAAGCUAGUUAUUUCACAUGACUCUUCUCCCAAUAAAACGUUUUUUAUCGGCUUCUGGUUCAUCCCUUGAAAGCAAUAUUCAGGGCUAGAAAUUAACGCUCGCAAACUCGCAAAAUGCGAGUGAUUUUGAUAAUCUGCGAGUGAGAAAAACAUCAACUAGCAAACGUUUGCGAGUUGGAAUCAUCAAUGUCUCCCAAACAAAGGGAAAGAAUUUGCUACUGGUCUCACCAGUUUGCUAGUGGAAAAAAAAUCUUUCUAGCAAAACUUUGCAAGUGCACUAAAAAGUUAACUUCGAGCCCUGGCAAUAUUGUGCCAAGAAGAAGUAUUUGUCUGCACCGGUGUUGUUCAGCAUUCAACAUUGUUUGUUGCAGGGCGGGGAUCACAUUACGCAGCUUAAGCAACGACGACGGCGACGGCAACGAGAACGAGAAAAAAGGAUUAGGAUUAGAUUAGCAAAACAACAACUUUUAAACUUUUUUUGUACCAGCAUUUCUUUGUCGUCGUUGCACGACUAGGACGUGAAACUUUCUUCCAAGAGAAAGAUUUUCCUUUUCCUUAAAACUUGGAUACAGUCCUUUCAAUUCAACUCCAACAAAUUUCGCAAACAUUUAACACAAUUAACGAGCGGAAGUAAGAGAGAUUAAGUUAAAGACAGCGCAAAUUCACUUGUUAAGUGCCGUUUUCGCUGUUGUCGCCAUCGUGGUUGCUUAAGCACCCUCUUCUGCCCUCCCAACACUUUUAUAAAGCCAUUGUUAGCUUGUAAGCUACUUGGCUCGGAAAACUUGUCCUAUAUGAAUCUUUCCUAAUAGUAUUUUUUAGGGUAUAUUCUCCAUAUCUCUUGUGUUUGCUUACACAGUUCAGAGUGGAGUAACCAUUUCUAUCCGCGGAACCUUGUUGCCAUGACAGCCGAACCAUUGCUUCUGUACCCGACGCACUACGUAGGUGACGAAGGAUACUUCAGCGAUACAGAAACAACAGGACUCAUCCCACCUGAGUUACAACAAAAUGACAAUGAGAAGCUCAAAAGAAGAAUCGAGCUUUGACGUCUGUUUGUGUAAGUCAGUCUACGCCUCGAUGUCCAGUGCUGUGCGAUCGACAGGAGAGUGCAAGUAUUACUCUGUAGGACUGACAGUAUCAAACCGCUGUCUUUUAAAUUUUUAAAAGGUUCAAAACAAUCAGAAAAAAAGCAGCUCUAGUCAGUAACGCACUUUAGCAGCGAGUUUAGUUUUUUGAGGCAAUGCCGAAGUAGUCGUAUAAGAAUCGAUGCAUUAUUUCAUUAGUUGGUUUGACGUAAGUGGCGGGUCCCCGUAGACACUAACGAACUGAAAUGUGAUUGGCAUGUGAUGCAGGUUUUGUUAUAAAGGAAGACCUUAACUUGGAAAAUGAGCUGUAACAUAGCGGGUUGCGAGCAAAACUAGCGACUUUCUUAACUUAAUAAAAAAAACAGAAUUUAUUAAGAUUAUUUUGAAAAGAGAUUGUAUCUGCCACUAUGCGAGUACAAAGCAGUUUUUAUUUGAGCAGACAAUGUAUCUGUUCAGUUACUGCUGUCGGUUCCACGGUACCGAAUUCAAUCAUGGCAUAAAUUAUCAUAAAUAAUCAUGCGUUAUCGUUUUGCACGCAUGAGUAACCUUGUUUUAUUGCAAAAAAGAAUAAGAAGGAAG